CGAGUCCGCCACUCAUCCCCAGCAAGCGGCCACCCGCAACAGGGGCGCGCUUCCUCAGCCUCUCCCUCUCCGCUGCAGCCUUUGCGCCCCCUUCGGUGGCCUUCAGCCUUUGUUAGAGAUCUCACUGCUUUGAGUGGCUGGGUUUCUAGGACAGCAAGAGCAUUCUGAGCAGCCCUGCAAUCUUCUGACACCCUGCUGUGUCUAUUGCAACUUCAGUUUUCAUCGACAUCAGGUACAACUUCCAACCUGAAGUUGAUCUUCCUAACCUGAUGCAUCAUACAUUAUGGUUCAUGUCAACUUUGUUAGAAAAUGGAUAUACGUCCUCCUGGCAUUUAUUUUGGUUCUGACCAUUUGUUUGUGGAAGGAAUCGCGAAGAGGAUUUUAUGUUUCGUUUAAAACAGAAGACCAAGCCAAUCGUGGACAGGUGAGGCAGUGGAGGUGGAACAGCCUAAGACAAGAAACUGUCCAGGAUGAAGCCAUCAAUGGCACAGACAAGCUGCAUUUGCCCACCAACGCAUCUCAAGUUCAUGUUGCCGUCACUGCAGUGCCAGCAAUAAGUAAGUUAGCCAUAAAACCUGUGAAAUUGCCAAGUCCCAUCAAAGUGUGGAACAAGGACAGUUUGUCCAGAAACCUCAACGCUAGACUGCAAAAGGUGAGGAAGAAUUAUUUGCAUAUGAACAAAUACCGUGUGAAGUACAGUGGACCAAAAUAUGCUGCUAAAUCCAGCCCCCAAAAAGUGUUGUGCCAGCUCCGAAAGCAGCUGAACUUUGGGAUGAUCACCACAUCAGAUGGGCCCUUCAAUACAUCAGAAUGGGACAUCUACCUGCCAAAGAAGAACAUCAGCCUGGAAGUGGGCCAGAUAGGCCGGUGUGCAGUUGUGUCCUCUGCAGGAUCCAUGAAGUCAUCCCAUUUGGGGGAAGAAAUAGAUCACCACGAUGCAGUGCUGCGGUUUAAUGGAGCCCCUACCAGAGGGUAUCAGGCUGAUGUAGGGCAGAAAACCACAAUACGCCUUGUUAAUUCCCAGCUUAUUACUGUAGAAGAACAGAAGUUUGUUACAGAUCCGCAGUAUAAUUCCGGAAUCUUAAUUGUGUGGGAUCCAGCACCAUAUCACUCAGGUAUCCACGAGUGGUACCAGAAACCAGACUACGAUUUCUUUAAAAGCUACAAGAACUAUCGGAAAAGGCACCCGGAACAACCUUUUUAUAUCCUGAAUCCCCACAUGCAGUGGCAGCUCUGGGAUAUUCUUCAAGAAAACUCACCAGAGGAUAUUCAGCCAAAUCCUCCAUCUUCAGGGAUGCUUGGCAUUGCUCUCAUGAUGAACUUCUGCGACGAAGUGGAUGUUUACGAGUUUCUCCCUUCCAAAAGGCAGACAGACAUUUGCCAUUACUACCAGAAGUUCUUUGACCAAGCCUGCACUAUGGGCGCCUACCACCCGCUGCUCUUUGAGAAGAAUAUGGUGAAGCACCUUAAUCGAGGCACAGAUGAAGACAUUUACACUCACGGGAAAGUUACUCUAACGGGCUUGAGGAAUCUGCAGUGUUAGACCUGUGAACCCCCUCUUCUGGGCUUGGAAAAAACCCUUCUCGAAUCACAAGGCACUUUUUAAUUUUUAAUUUAAAAAAAAUAAAUUCUAAAGGUAGGCAAGCUGUUCACAAUUAACAAUUCUUCCAUUCAGUACGCCUUAAUUUGUGACUGCAGGGUGGGUUGUUUCUAAUAAAAAGCAGGCACAAGAAGGCUCUAGCUGAGGCCUCCAGUGUUUAGGAACAUCUUCAUGUUUCAUUCCUCUGUCUCAGAACACUCCAGUCCUUAACUCAGGAACACAUAAAAUCAGGGCUGUGAAUUAAAAGUUAGUUUUGGACUGAGAA